UGGUCACGUCCGGUCGUUUGUCGUCACGCCAUUUCGUUCAAAGAAUCUUUCGAAAUGAUGCUCGCGAGUGUUUGAUGCUAAAUUGAUCUUUUCAGCUCUUUUCUAGCAGCAAAAGUGUAGAAUAUCGGCAGUUUCGCAUUCUAAGUUUUCUGCGACAGGAAGACUCAGGACUUAGGUAAAAUGGGUGAAGACUACAAUGGAGAUCGCGAGAGAGGAGAUAACAAAGAAAGAGGAGAUCGCGAUAGGGAACGAGACAGGAGACACAGAUCUCGAAGCAGAGAACGCAGAAAACGUUCUCGCUCACGUUCCAAAGAGCGUAGGGAUAGAAAAAGAAGCACUUCACCCAAAAAGAAUCGCAGUUCCAGGAGAAGAAAACCGUCCCUUUAUUGGGAUGUACCACCUCCAGGGUUUGAACACAUCACCCCUUUACAGUACAAAGCUAUGCAGGCAGCUGGUCAAAUUCCUGCGAAUAUUGUAGCGGACACACCACAAGCGGCUGUACCAGUCGUUGGAAGCACAAUAACACGUCAAGCAAGGCGACUUUACGUUGGAAACAUUCCUUUUGGUGUCACGGAAGAAGAAAUGAUGGAAUUCUUCAAUCAACAGAUGCACCUUUCUGGAUUGGCGCAAGCUGCCGGAAACCCCGUUCUUGCCUGUCAGAUAAACCUUGACAAGAACUUUGCCUUCUUAGAAUUUCGUUCCAUAGACGAAACGACGCAAGCAAUGGCGUUCGAUGGAAUUAACUUCAAAGGCCAAAGCUUAAAAAUAAGAAGGCCCCACGAUUAUCAACCAAUGCCUGGAAUGACCGAUAACCCGAGUAUGAACGUUCCAGGUACGGUUCCCGAUUCGCCCCACAAAAUCUUCAUUGGUGGGUUGCCAAACUACUUGAAUGAAGAACAGGAUAUACAGGUGAAGGAGCUGCUGAUGAGUUUUGGUCAAUUGAGGGCGUUCAACUUAGUGAAGGACUCAGCGACGGGGCUUUCCAAGGGCUACGCGUUCUGCGAGUACGUUGAUGUCUCCAUGACUGACCAGGCAAUCGCUGGACUGAAUGGAAUGCAGCUGGGAGACAAGAAGCUGAUUGUGCAGAGGGCCAGCGUUGGAGCCAAGAAUCCGAUGAUUGGGGCCCAAGCACCGGUGCAAAUUCAAGUUCCUGGACUGACAAUGGCUGGUACGAGUGGCCCAGCUACAGAGGUGCUAUGUUUGCUAAACAUGGUGACACCGGAAGAAUUGAUGGAGGAGGAGGAAUACGAGGACAUCCUGGAAGACAUCAAAGAAGAAUGCAACAAAUACGGAGUCGUACGAUCGGUUGAAAUUCCGAGACCAAUUGAAGGUGUCGACGUUCCUGGAUGUGGAAAGGUCUUUGUGGAGUUCAACAGUGUAAUUGACUGCCAGAAAGCGCAGCAGACGUUAACGGGAAGGAAGUUCAAUAACCGAGUGGUUGUCACGUCAUACUUUGAUCCCGAUAAGUAUCAUCGUAGAGAGUUUUAGAUUUUAGAUCGUCCCUUUCUAAUAAACUAUAAUUAAUUCAUUAACUAAAUAUAGUGUACAUGAGUGGUGAAUUUUAUCUCUCUGUCCGGAGCAUUGAGACUCGUGAAAACAGUUUUUCUCACGAAGUCUUAACUAAUGAUGAAUUUUGCACGUCGUAUGAAUUCACACUUCAAGCGUCAAAUUCAAAAUCAGAAAAUAAAAAAUUGUGUACAAUAUCUGUUUUAGAUUGUUGGGAUAGACUGCAGGAAACACACUUGCUGCAACUAUUCUUUUUCGUUUCUAUCAAUUCUAAAACUGUUCAUUUUGAUUGUACAGGUGUUCAGUUAGUUUAGAUUUGAUAGGACAGUUUAAUGAAAUGAUGCGUCAUAUUUGUUUAUACGAAAAGAAUUGAGCGUAUUUUUGGCUUUGUACAAUUCAAAUACCUUAUAUAAUUUAUAAUGACGAUAGAAAUAAUAAUAAUGACAUUUCGUGUG